AUGGAUAAGUCUUGGAUGCAUGCUGAUAGGAGAUCACAUACAUAUAAGCUAGGUGUUCAGGAAUUCCUUAAGUUUGCUGUAGAGAAUGCAAGCGAUAUAGAUCAUAUCUGCUGUCCCUGCGCUAAAUGUGGGGGUACAGAUGGGUUCUUAUCAGCUAGGAUGAUAAAAGAUCAUCUAUAUUGGAAUGGUAUAGAUGAGAGUUACAAAGAUUGGGUAUGGCACGGACAACCUUCUAGGGCAAUGAUGAAUGCCAUUGAAGGGAUAUCUGAAGCUACUGUUGAUAUGGUAGAAGAUGGAGAUGGGGCAGAUAAUAUAGGGCUGGAAGAUCAGGGAGAAAAUAGGGCUGGUGAGGAUGAGCAGUUUAUCGAUAAUGGUGAGGAAGAGCAGUUUGUUGAUAAUGGUGAGGAUGAGCAGUUUUCAGUAGAAUCGAAUGACUUCAUGAAGCUAGUUGAGGAUGGAGAUAAAGCUUUGUACCCUGGUUGUACGAAGCACACAAAAUUAAAUGCACUUAUACAGACCUAUAACCUUAAAGCAAAACAUGGCAUGUCUAAUGUGUGCUAUUCUGACAUGUUGAUCAUGAUCGCCAUGUUUCUUCCUGAAGGUAAUGAGAUACCAAGUUCACAUUAUGAGGCCAAAAAGACUUUGGUUUCAUUAGGAAUGGACUACAAAAAGAUACAUGCAUGUCCUAAUGACUGCAUUUUGUAUAGAGGACAGCAUGCUGAUGCAACUAGUUGUCCUACAUGUGGGGAGUCAAGGCGGAAAUUAGGGAAAGAUAGUACUGUGAAGCAAGGGGUACCUGGGAAGGUAUUGUGGUACUUUCCCCCAAUCCCAAGGUUCAAGCGCAUGUUUCAGUCCACAAAAACUUCCAAAAGCCUAACUUGGCAUGAGUAUGAGAGGAGGAAGGAUGAGUUUAUGCGUCAUCCGGCAGAUUCCCCCACUUGGAAGUUAGUGGACCAAAAAUGGCCAGACUUUGGCAAUGACCCUAGGAACCUCAGACUCGCACUUUCAUCCGAUGGUUUCAAUCCCCACAGCUCGAUGAUGGUUUCAAUCCCCACAGCUCUUUGA